AUGGCUGUCCUUAACCUUGUCACUUUGGCUUUGGCCCUUUCUUCUCCGGCCAUGGCCCGACCUCGCCCACAGUUUGGCAACGGUGGCGAUGCCCAAACACCCGGUGCUGGUCUCGGUGGUUCUCUCCCUACUGCCCUUCCCAGCGGCGGCUCUGGCCUCAUUCCUUCAGCCCUUCCCAGCCUAGGAGGUGGAAGCGGAGGUGCCAUCCCAACCCCUGGCAGUGGCUUCAACUUCCCCGGCAGCGGCAGUGGUAACGAUGCCCCUGCUACCACUCCAGGCACUGGCGGUGGCUUCUUUGGCGGUGGCGGCUUUCCCGGCCUUGGAAACUUCUUCGGAGGAGGUAACAGAGGCGGCUUCUUCGGUGGUGGAGGUAACACCAACACUCCCCCCGCUGCAGCUCCAACCGGUGGUCUGCCUGGAGGAAAUGAUGGCAACAUCGGCGGUGGUGCUUCUGUCCCCGCUCCCAUUCAAACUCCGGGCACCGGAGGUGGUGUACAAGGUGCAUCCUUCCGAGGCCGUGGUCGAUCUCGCAACCAAGACUCACCUUCAACCCCUGGAGGCAGUGGUGGCUCUCAGGGUGGAAACGGUGGCGGCCUCAGUGGAAGCCAGCCUAGCGGUGCCAUCCCUACUUUCUCUGCCGGACCUGGUAACGGUUUCGGCGAGGGAGGCAAUGGUGGAAACGGCGGUGCCACUGAUGCUCCCGUCGCUCCCACUCUUGUCCCUACCCCAGGCAGUGGGCUCGAGGGCCCAGGCACUGCUCCCAGCGGUGUCAUCCCUACUUUCGUUGCUGGACCAGGAAACGGUUUCGGUGACGGUAACAGCCCUAGCACUCCCAUUCAGACUCCUGGUACCGGAAACCAGCCUGGUGGUGGUCUAGGUGGAAGCCAGCCCAGCGGUACCAUUCCUACUUUCGUUGCUGGACCCGGUAAUGGUUUCGGUGAGGGCGGCAACUCUGGCAGCCCUGACACUCCCGUCCAGACACCCGGCAGUGGAAACUCAGCCGGAGGUGACCUUACUCAACCCGGUAGCGGAAGCGGAAACGACAGCGGAAACGGCGGUGGAAACGGCGGUGAUCAGACUCAGCCCAGCGGUACCAUUCCCACCUUCGUCGCUGGACCCGGCAACGGUUUCGGCGGUGGUGACGGUGCCGUCACUAACCCUACUCCCGGUGCUGGCCUCGGUGGCGGUAACAACAACACCCCUGACGUCCCCGAGACUCCUGUUCAGACUCCGGGAGCCGGUAGCGGCAGCGGCAGCGGAAACCAGUCCGGGGGUGCUGUCCCAACCUUCGUCGCUGGCCCCGGCCAAGGCUUCGGUGGUGGCGAUGGCCAGAACGGAGGCUUCCAGAAGCGAGCUCGAUCCUCUCAGUAA